AGAGAUCGGGCCCACAUGUCAGUACGGCAAACGGAAGAAUCAGAUGGAAAGAUGGUCUGAGUGGUACGUAGGGAAAGAAAUUUUUGUUGGAGGAUACUGAAGAACUUUCCAAAUUUCCGAUGAUAUACAGGGAAGGUGAACUUUUUAUAAUGGUACAUAGGUAAUUGACCCAAAAAAAAAGACUACUCCUAGAACAGUUGUUACUAGCGGUUCCGAUGGCCCUAGCAAGCAGUUGGUUUUCGUCCAUAGUUUGCAUUGUCAGGGACAUCAUCAGCUUUCCUCUGCAGAAACGCCUCGCCGUCAUUUGGGAGGGCCCAUUGGGCACCGAUAGCUCACACAUGUGCUACCGGAGCCCAAUGGCUCUUAGGGGCGGGGGAUACGAUCCAGGGUCUCCUCCUGGGUCCAACCAAAAUGAACAUCUGGGCCCUUGUUCCGAUGGAAAAGGCCCAUCUGCGAGAGAGGUCGUGUGCCCACGCACGGCCCGGCCCACCGAGCGCCGCGCGUCGUGUCGUGUGUGGACCAGAAACGAAGCGAAAUCCUACUCGGCGCACCGAGUCCGCAGGCUUCUCUCGCUUCCCCCACAUCCGAUCCGGCCAUCAUCCUCGUCGACGUCCCCCAUGGCCACGGCCGUGCGCGCCGUCUCCCUCCCGCUCCCUCGCCGCGCAUCGUCCUCAGCUCCCGUGGCCGCCGCCCGCCGUCCCGGGUCCCCGUUGCUGCGCAGGCGGCAUUGCGCCGUCGCGCCCGUCGCAGCCGCCUGCAGCCCUGCGCCGCCGCGGCAGCUCGACAACGAGGAGGGAGGGUCCGGGCCCGGGCGGCGGCUGGUGCUCGUGGCGGGUGCUGCCGCGGCCGCCGCGUUUAUUUCCCGGCCCAAUCCAGCGGCAUUCGCAGCAGAGUCUAAGAAGGGGUUCCUGCCUGUCGUCGACAAGAAGGCUGGUUACUCCUUCCUCUACCCGUUCGGCUGGCAGGAAGUGGCCGUGCAAGGGCAAGAUAAGGUGUACAAAGAUGUGAUAGAACCUCUGGAGAGUGUAAGCAUCAACUCUAUUCCCACAAGCAAGGAGGACAUCCGUGACCUUGGUCCUCCGGAUAAGGUUGCUGAGGCCUUGAUAAAGAAGGUCUUAGCGCCACCAACGCAGAAGACGAAGUUAAUCGAGGCAAAAGAGAUGGAACGGACUCCAGAUGGACACAAGCCGGCAAGCCGGCUGAACACAACCCGAAAGAUAAACUCCAACAUAAACUACUCACAUUCCGCACAACCUAACGACUGGCUCUGAGCGUAGCCCUCAGUCAACACUCCAUCCCACGAAGGGAGAGCUCUUGCUCUUGUUCUUCAACAUCGGAAAUAAGUCCUGCAGUGCGUCCACAUGGCGCGGUGGAGGUUCACGAAAGAAAUUCUCCACCGCUUGCUCUGCCGAAGCCGCCAAGGGCAGAGGCGCGCCAACCUCACCGAGUCGGCGCAUCAGGAGCACCGACCCUCGCUUUGCCGGCUUGACGGCCGAGAGAGGGUCCAAGGCUUGGCGAUGGCUUCGCCUGAGACCAUCUACUAGAAUCAAUUGAUUAUUUGUCAGACAUCCUGUUCUUGAAAUUUUUCAUGCUAUUAUCUUCCUCAAAGAUAUAUUGGGUGCUCUGAUGUUUUCACAUGAUAUAUUUUGUUC